UGAGAGAAGUGUGCAUCAAGUUUGGGUGGAGCACUCUGCUGUGUCCCCUGACAGUGUACACAUCGCACAAGACUUCGGUUUUUAAUCUGGUGUUUCGGCCACCAUGGCGAAGAACUGCAAUGCUUUAGGGAUUCCUGUUGGCCACAUGAGCCAGGCAGUGUCAGAUGGAGAAUUGAACAUGUCUGCGCGGGGCUGUGGAGGCAGCAGCUCCAGCCUUCCAGGGACUCCAGGCGGAGAGGCCGGCCCCGCCAACAGUGUGCUGAGCUGGGCCGUCUCCUUUGAGAAGCUGUUGGAGGAUCCCUCUGGGGUCCGUUAUUUUACGGCGUUCUUGAGAUCUGAGGUUAGUGCGGAGAACAUUUUAUUCUGGCAAGCUUGUGAGAAGUUCAAAAGGAUUCCAGACAAGUUCUUGGACGAGCUGAAAGCAGCAGCUCGCUCCAUCUACAACACCUACCUGUCUGACAAUGCACCCUACUCAGUCAACAUUGAUGAUACAGCCAAGACAGAGGAAAAGGAUCUGGAACAGCCCACACCUGACAUGUUUAACAAAGCUCAAGCACAGAUAUUUAAACUGAUGAAGAUGGACAGCUACAGGCGCUUUGUGCGCUCUCCUCUCUACCAGAGCUGCACCUUGGCAAGUGUAGAAGGUAAACUUCUACCUCAGAUCUCUACUGAACCUGUCCGCAUGGGAUCCUGGGAGGACGUUGGCACCAGAAGCCCCCUAAGUGACAAGAAGAACAAGAAGUCAGACUCUAACAGCUUGCCAGGUGGUAAAAGUGCCUCAGAGAAACAGCGACAGAAAAGAGGAUCCUGGGGAGAUGCGUCCAACAUCCAAGGUUCAGGCCCCCGGAAGGAGUCCCAUAUGUCAGUCAAGUCAACCAGCAGUGUGGAGCUUGGCUCCCUCUACAGGCAGAUAGAGAAUGGCCGAUCGAGUCCCCGCUCCCCUGAGCAAGCUGGGGGGAUUGGGAGUCGUAUUGGGAUGGAGGGGGGCUACUGCUGUGUCUUCCUACCUGAUGGCAGUGCCUCCCUGGCCCCCACACGUAAUGGGCAACCCAUCAAAGACAUGCUGGCCAGCCUGUGUGAGAAGAGAGGCUUCCCACUGAAAGAUGUCAUCAUUUACCUUCAAGGCAAGGACAAGCAACCCUUAUCGCUGGACCAGGACUGCUCUGUACUGAGAGAUCAGCAGGUUUCUCUCGAGCUCAGGGUGACGUUUGCCCUGGAGAUUGCCUUUACUGGUAAGACAGUGGGGAUCAUGGUGAAGUCUAGUAAGACACUGCAGGAUGCCCUUUCUGCGGUGAUGCAGAAGCACCAUCUCAAGCCGCAAGAGGCCUUGAUCACCAUGGUUGGCAGUGACGAGCCCGUGACCAUGAACAGCAACGUGUUCAGGCUGGCCAAUAAGACGAUACGACUUGACAGGACCAAAGGUAAAGAACAGACAUACAUUUCCAGAGGCAGCGGUUCCUCAGUAGCAACACAGGCAGGAGCCGGGAGUUCAGGUCUGGAGUCUCGAUCAUCGCCGACAGACCGAGCCAAGACUCAGCCGAGGCCCGGUAGGAACCGCGAUAUGGACGGAUUUCUGGACAUGCUGACGAGGGCUCAGUGCUGCAGGGUUGAUGAUCAGCGAGGCCUUCUGACCAAAGAGCAGCUGGAGGUUCCUUCGUUCCUGCAGGUGCCCUCAGAUCAGGAACAGGAGACGAAUGAGCCCAGCACAAGCAGCUCUUCAACUACUGACCCUAAAGUGGAAUCGGAGGAGAAGACGCCACAUACUUCAAGUUCGGGUGGAGCUGCGGAGGAAACCACCGAUUCUGCUGAACCAGAAUCCAAAGACUUGAAGGAAACGGCUGUUUGAAAGACACGUGUUUGUGGGAUGGAUAAAGACAUGAUUGAAAACUACAGUGAACAUCUCACAAUGUUGAGAAUCGUGUCAAAAGAUGGAUACUUGUUACUAAUCAAAAAGCACUUUUUUUUAUAUAACGGUUUACAAAUAAGCUCUGAGACAGCAGUGUGCUACCACCUCUGCUCCUGAUAUUUGACCUUUUAAGGCAAUAUGUAAAGAAGAAAGAUCAUGGCAAACAUUUAUAGUGUCACUUCAGAACACUACAGAUCCCUGUUGGAAAAUGUUUGCUAUGAAUUGUUUAAUGCACCCAAAAAUGUAUGAAAAGUUGUAGCUGAAGAUUUCACCCUAAAAGUUGUUUAAAUGUCGUUUAACACACGUUUCUUUUCCUGAUGUACAAUGCUGUACAGUUUGAUUUACUGUUCACAUCGCUUCGGUUUUUCACAAUCUCACUUGGUGUUUUUCUUUGAACUCUAACCCAAACAAUGUGCCUGCACAGGAACUGUGACCAUCCAGAAGGGGUUUUGCACAAUUAAGUUGUCUUUAUUUUAGCCUAGAUUGUUAUUUUAAGCAAAUUAGUUUUUAAUAUCUUAAAUUACUGUUUUUCAUUUGUGUGCUUUCUUGCUGUGUUCAAGUGUGUGUUUCUAGCACUUAAAAGUGCAUUUGGUUUGCUGUGAUUGCACCUUGCAAAGCUCUGGUCAAGUCCUGCUUUUCUGUCAGACUUCAUCUCAGGGUUCAGAGAAUUAAAUAGUAAUGUGACAUUACAGGGAAUGAGACAGUCGCUGUGAUCGUUGCUAAUAUCCCACAAGGUGUAUCUAAAGAAUUAAAGGGUUACAUGAAGAAA